AUGGGUGCAACUUAAGGGAUCACUUAGAAAAGAAUUUCACUACGUUACUAAAAAUCAAUUGAUGUAAAAUCGACAAAUGAAAAUCUCACAAAUUGUAAAUCAGUCUCUUCGUAAGAUUCGAUCAAAUUAGGUUCUUUUUAUAAAAUAGCUGUAUUGGGUAUGAAUACAGCAGUAGGUAAAACAGCCUUCAUUUGUAGUCUCAUAAAUUAAACUCCAAUGGUUAAUAAUUUACCUCAAACAAUUGGAUUAGAUAUUAAAUGCAUGUUAUAUUAACAAUAAAAAAUUCAAUUUUGGGUAAUUUGUUGGAUUAAUUGUGUAAGGAAUUCGAUUCAAGUGAAGGAGGAUUGUUAGAUUUAGAAAAUAGAAUUAAUGAUUCCUUUAACUGUAUCAUGAUAAUUUUUGAAUAAUUUGAUGUUUCGUUGUUUAAGAAAAGAAUUAUAUAAGUUUAAAAGAUAUGUAAUGAAAAUAAAAUGACAGGAAAAGUUCCAAUACAUUUAAUAGGUAAUGAUAGAUUAGAUAUGAAAAUAUCUGGAAAAGAAAAUGAAAUUUAGAAAAUGAUAUAAACUAUCUAUGAUGGAAACAGAAUAUUUGUACAUAUUGUUGAUUUUACUUAAAUCAAAGAACUUAACAAUUUGUUAUAAUUUGUAUUCAAAGAAAAAUGA